UGGGCCCCGAUCAGCCCGGCGUUUGGUGGGGUCCCAACCAACCGGCACACUGCCACCUCCUAAGAGGCUGCCGCUCUGACACCCAGACACACCAAACCAAAGACUAAGACCGAUAGUUGAAGUAGCCGCGCGGUUGUGGCUGUGAUCCGGCGCCGAUUAUCAAACACGGAAAACCACCAGAGUUAAAUCGCAUCUAUCUCUUCCCAACCCUCUCACACGACAGCUUCGAGCUUCUCCCCUCGAUCGGUCACCUUCCGCCCCUCGAGACCACCAACCGAAACACAAUCCAAACCCUCACAAUGGCCAACCGAGCAAAGGAAGAAGAACACGAGGGCGCCUCGACAAGCGAGCUGCUGAUCGAAGCCUGCCGGCGCAACAACACGGAGCUCCUCAGCGAGAUCCUCUCGACCCCGCCACUGCGCGACGACGACGACGCGAUCGCCGCGGCGCUCAACAAAACCACGACCGUGCUCGGCAACCACCUGUACCACGAAGCCGCCGCGCAGGGCAACUACGAGAUCAUCGACAUGCUGCUGGACCAGCCCGGGUUCGAGUGCGACCCUGUGAGCCGGGCCGACGGCGACACGCCGCUGCACGCGGCGGUGCGGUGGAUCAACGGGGAGCCCGCGGCGCAGCGCGAGUUCGGCAACGCCCUCGUCGAGAUGAUGCUCGAGGCCGGGUCGAACCCGCGCCUCAAGAACCGUGGUGGUCUGACCCCCCUGCAGCUGGUCGACCCGCGCAACGAGGGGCUGCGCGAGGUGAUCCGCAAGCACGAGUACGCCGCGCUGAACGCGGGGGAUUUUGUCAGUGCCGACGAGGUCAAGGGGGGGAAGGGGCUGGUGGCCGCGGCGGCGGCGGCGUCGUCGUCUGCGGCGGCUGGGAGGCAAGAGGAGGAGGAUGAUGACGACGCCGAGUUUAGUGGGAGCGAUGAUGAGGAGAGGGCGGAGUGGGAGCGCCGGAGGAAGGCGAAGAGGGGGUGAGGUGAGGGGUGCAUUCUGGGGUUGCUGCUGGCUGGAUAGGCGUGAUAUCAGUGAUUUUAGCGCUGGGACACUGGAUGGGUGCCCAUUCUACGGCCGUCGGAGGCGAAUAGACUUUGCUUGGUUCAGACAGCUGAGUGCUCUCCUACCACCGUCUUGGAAACAUGCGGCCAACCUCUUUCCCAGUCGGUAAAUGAAGAGGGAUAACAAAGUGAUUCACUUUCUAGGAAAUCUAGGUCUACUUCUAGGUCUAUACACGAUAUCCACCCCCCAGCCAACAACCCCCCUUGAGUCUAGAGAGAGGUCAGGAAUCAACACACCAAACCCACCACCGCCCCAACCACAC